CACACACACACACACACACACACACACACUCGCGCGCGCACGCACAAAAGAUUGGAAAUGGUCGGACGUCGCAUUUCAACCGACACGACAACCGACGAGUUGAUAUCGUCUGACGUUUGAAAAUACCGCAGUCGUGACGGCUUACCCGACCGGUUUCGGCCGAGGCCUUCCGCAGAACUGGAAGGAGACCGGCACCGAGUCCUCCCAGGCAUGUCGCAGUAUGGAAAUCGAAACCGACGACUCUACCGCUGGGAAUAUGAACCGUUUUAUGACGGUUCGUCUCAGUCUCUCGACACGGGAGCCGGCAAAGUCAAGUGCAAGGCGUACAAGACGUCAAAGUCCCAGAUGUUCGUGCUCUACGUACUUUACAUCUUGUCGUUGGGUAUUCUCUACCUUUUCGUCCAGUGGUAUCCCCAACUGAAAGCCAUCUUGGGAUAUCGACGUGCACUUUUGCAAGACGCAGACACCAUACUCGUCAAGGACAAGCUCGGAAAAGUAACGAUGUGCCCGGUCGUGGACAAACCCGAACGGCAUUUCGACUACCAGCUCCAGAGGUACGUGUGGCACGUACAAACCACCUCGUUCAUCUUACUGGUCGGAAAGACAGGCUCUUUGAAAAAUCUUAUAAGUUCUGUGCAGGGUAUCUCGCAAGAACAGAGGAAUAUCGAUAUCGAGACGUACGGGAGCAAUGAAAUAAAACUUCAGGAAACGUCGGUUUGGAAGCUGCUCAUCAACGAAGUACUGAACCCGUUUUACGUCUUCGAAAUUUUAAGCAUAAUACUGUGGACGUUCGACGAGUAUUACCAUUACGCUAUUUGCGUCGUGAUCAUGUCCGCCUCGGCGAUAAUGGUCCUUCUUUACAACACAAAACGGCAAAACAAUAUGUUGAAAAAAAUGGUAGCACCUCCUAGAGACGACUACGUUAUUGUCCUUGAUGAUAAAGGAACACUGCAGUUGAUCAGUUCGUCGGAGCUGGUUCCUGGCGAUAUAAUUUCCAUUCCGAAGCAAGGCUGCCUCAUGACAUGUGAUGCCAUGCUCGUCACUGGGUCUUGUAUCGUGAACGAAUCUGUUUUGACAGGUGAGAGUGUUCCCGUAACGAAAAUCCCUCCUCCGCAUACAGACGAAGACUACGAUCCAGGGAUCCUCCACGCUAAGCACACGCUCUACUGCGGUACCCAGAUAAUACAGACUAGGUACUACAAUCAUGAUAAAGUUUUGGCAUUAGUGGUUCGCACCGGCAGCAUGACUGCGAAAGGCCAGCUUGUUAGAUCAAUAAUUUUUCCUAAAGGAUUCGGUUUCGACUUCUACAGGGACGCUAUCAAAUACAUAAUCGUAAUGUUUUUCAUAUCUCUGGUCGGCGUUAUCUGCUCAAUGUAUCUCUUUAUAAAUCAUGGAUCAGACUGGGAGACAGUGUUGCUUAGAAGUCUAGAUAUAGUUACAAUCGUAGUGCCUCCUGCUUUACCAGCUGCUAUGACUGUGGGGACGAUGUAUGCUCAAAAUCGUCUCAAGAAGAAAGGAAUCUUUUGCACUUCACCGCCUAGAAUCAAUGUCGCUGGAAAAGUAAAACUAGUCUGUUUCGAUAAGACGGGUACACUGACCGAAGAAGGUUUGUCCGUUUGGGGAGUGUUGACGUCUGAUGGGCGUUCCAUGAUCGAAAUAGAAGAAAAACCAGAAUCUUUGCCGAUCAUGUCGCCGCUACUUCACGCGAUGGCGUCCUGUCACUCCCUUACAAAAAUAGAAGGAGAGCUUUGCGGCGACCCUUUAGACCUCAGCAUGUUCAAAUCGACGGAAUGGGACCUGGUAGAGCCCGGAUUGGAGGUGAACAGAUUCGACCAGCUGACGCCGACCAUCGUGAAGCCGAUGCGGUGGCAGUUUGUAAAUACGUUAGAUCACACUGCUUCUAUUAACGUGCCGUUGGAGAUAGGUAUCGUCCGUCAAUUCCAUUUUAAUUCAAAUGUGCAGACCAUGUCUGUUAUAGCGCGACAGCUCGCGGCUAAGAACUACACAUUUUAUACCAAAGGAGCUCCCGAAAGGGUUUUGAGCAUGUGCAAGCCUAAGUCUGUGCCCAGCAACAUUACAAUCACUCUAUCAUAUUACACGUCGGCUGGAUAUAGAGUCAUUGCAUUUGCAUACAAGGAGCUGCCGGCUAGGAUGAAUUGGCUUCAAGUGCAACGUAUCCAGAGAGAACAGUUGGAAAACGAUUUGGAGUUUCUCGGACUUCUUAUAAUGAGGAACACGCUGAAGGAACAAUCUGCACCGGUGAUAAGACAGUUGCAGCAGGCUAGGAUCAAGUGCCUCAUGCUGACCGGAGACAACAUGUUGACCGCUGUGAGUGUGAGCAGGGACUGCGGACUGCUCCUGCCAUCGACGCCUUUGUCUCAAGUGGUCGUGACGACCACCGAGCCCCGAACUGUCAAACUUCAUCCUCUUCAUUCUUCCUCCGAACACGUUGAAAUCGACGCUUCUUCGUCGUUGGCAGUGGACGGCACCACUUGGACCGAGUUGAACGAAAAUUUUCCAGGUCUGGUGCCUCAAGUCGCUACGAGGAGUGUCAUCUUCGCGAGGAUGUCGCCGCAGCAGAAAGCCCACGUCGUGGAGACGCUCCAAUCUUUGGAUUACAUUGUCGCCAUGGUCGGCGACGGUGCCAACGAUUGCGGGGCGCUUAAAACUGCACACAUCGGUAUAUCGAUUUCUGCAGCAGAAGCUUCGAUCGCCGCCCCUUUCACAUCGUCGACACCGGACGUUACAUGUGUACCAACACUUAUACUUGAAGGAAGAUGUGCCUUAGUCACCAACUUCGGUUUAUUCAACUUCAUGGCUAUGUACAGCCUCAUCCAAUUUACGUCAGUAUUAAUAUUAUAUCUGGAUGGAAUCGAACUCGGUACGAUGCAAUUUCUCUAUGUGGAUCUUGUCAUCACGACGUCUUUGGCAGUGGUCAUGGGCAGAUCCAAACCUUCGGACGUUAUCGUGCCGCAGAGGCCUAUAAGUACGCUCAUCUCUCCGUCCAACAUCAUCCCUCUCUUUCUUCAGGUCGGGCUUUCGAGCGUGAUACAGGUUAUCAGCCUCCACUUGCUGCGGACGGAGCACUGGUUUCGUCCAAUAGAAGUCGAUUUUGGCAACACGGAAGUCCUUUGCUGGGAGAACACAACUAUUUUUAUAAUCAGUUGCUUUCAAUACGUGAUUAUUUCGGUCGCAUACUCCAAGGGGAAACCGCACAGAGAAUCGAUUUACAACAAUUAAAAAAGCUGAAGAUGACGAGAAGCCUAAACGCACCUGACAGACCGAAAUAGAAUUGGACACGAUCAACCUACAGGCUCAUCACAACGCAGACCCCAAGAGGAAAUCUCUUAAUUUUUAAUUCCUGCCUAUUUAUAAAUGUAUAUUAUAUUUAUGUCAAUUAGUUUAUAGAUAUUUUGGUCUAACUGUAACUCAUUUAAAAAAAAUCCAUCUUAACCAUCCGUAAUUUAAAAAAUCUUAUUUUUGUACCUUGGAGGGUAAAAGCUGUUAUAAAGUAUAACAAAUUUCCAGAGGCUAUCCAGUCUUCUGAUUGAUUUUAUGCUUAAAACAAGAAGACAAAAAUAUUGGCUUUUAGUUCUAGUUUAAGCUUUGGUGAAAUUGACCAACAUGCAUUUUUUUGUGACAUUAAUUUUACAAUCAUAGCAAUGCCCCGAACAUGUCAUUUGAGGAUACACAUACAUAUAUUUACAACUAUUUCCAUACAUGGUCCCAUUUGAUAGAGAAAAUUAUGAAUAUUAUUUUUCCAAUUACCCACUUCAUUAUUUGAUUACUAUUCCUCAGAAAGAAGUCUCAGAAACAUUUUGGAUUGGUCCACUGCCCAAAUUAAUGCAGUAUUCUCAAGUCUGUCAUAGAGAUUUUUUUUUCGGUUUUUUGGGUAGAAUUUUCCCAUUUUCUUCACACAAAUGCCAAACUUUAAAAAUAACGU